AUGGGAGAACAAAAAUAUCUACAUUUUCCCUACGAAAUUAACGAUGUGACACCAGAAGAACAAGAGCAAAUAGAUAAAGUUUUUGGAUCUAUCGUUAAUGUCUAUCGUUUGUCUCGUUUUGGACCCAGAGGUUACAUGUUGUAUGAACCUUACAAGAAAGAUGCUGCUAAUAUCUACAACAUGCCACUGAGACCAACAGACGUAUUUGUCACCAGCUAUCAACGAUCAGGUACAACGAUGACUCAAGAACUUGUUUGGCUGAUACAAAAUAAUUUGGACUACUCCAAAGCGGCAGGGGUACCACUUACAGAGAGAUAUUUCUUUUUAGAAUUUUUUAUGUUCUUUGUCGGUAACCAACUGGAUGCAUUUAUAAGAAGUAUUGAUUCACACUUGGAUGAAAAUACCUUAAAAGAAAUAUAUACCGUGUGCGCCCAGCCAAUAAGUAAAAUGCUGGCAGAAAUACCUGUGUCAACUCCUCGUUUUAUUAAGACUCAUAUACCAUUGUCCUUACUGAAUCCCAAAUUGCUAGACACUGCAAAAGUGGUGUACGUUGCACGAGAUCCUAGGGAUGUAGCUGUGUCGUGCUAUCAUUGCGCGAAGCUAUUCAAGAUAAUACGCUUUCCAUACGGCUUCAAAGAAUUUUGGAAUUUAUUUUACAAAAAUAUGUUUGUGUACUGUCCUAUUUUCGAACAUGUCAAAGAAGCGUGGGAAAAAAGACAUCAUCCGAAUAUGCUAUUUUUGUUUUAUGAAAACAUUUCAAAGGAUUUGUCAGGUUUUGUAUGUCGUGUUGCGGACUUUUUAGGAAAAAGUUUGUCACCAUUAGAAACGGCGCGUCUAUGCGAGCAUCUCAGUUUCGAAAACUUUAAAAACAAUAAAUCAGUCAACCAAGAAGAGUUAAGGAACCAUGGAAUGCUUGAUAAUAAUGAAUUAUUCAUCCGAAAAGGUAUGUCGGGAGGUUGGCGUGACUACUUUGAUGAAGAAAUGACAGAGCAGGCAGAACGUUGGAUCACAGAUAAUUUACGAGAUACAGAUCUACGCUACCCACAUAUGGAGACAACCUUAUGA